AUGCCAUUUGGAGUGACUAAUUCUCCAACCGUCUUCAUAGAUUACAUGAAUCAGAUUUUCCGACCCUAUUUGGACAAAUUGGUGGCGGUGUUUAUAGAUGACAUUCUCAUCUAUUCCAAGAAUAGGGAGGAGCACAUUGAGCAUCUAAGAGUUGUAUUAGCAGUACUAAAAGAACAUCAGCUAUGUGGCAAGUUGUCCAAGUGCAAGUUUUGGUUAGAAGAGGUACAAUUUCUGGGGCAUGUUAUCUCUUCACACGGUAUUGUGGUGGAUCCGAGCAAGAUUGAUACAGUGAUGAAAUGGGAAAGACCACGAACGGUGACUGAGGUGCGAAGUUUCCUAGGAUUGGUUGGGUAUUAUAGAAGGUUUGUGGAAGGGUUAUCUAAAAUGGUGAGUCCUCUGACCCAACUCACUAGAAAAGACCAACCAUUUUCCUGGACAGAGAAGUGUGAAGAGUGUUUUGAGGAGAUGAAGAAGAGAUUGACUACAACUUCAAUACUAGCUAUACCAAACACAAGCAAGAAGUUUGAGGUAUAUUGUGAUGCAUCCUAUUAG